CCGAGAACCGAAUGUGUCUAUCCUUUUCUUAGCCGCACUCCAAUGGAUCGUGUUCACUAUGUUCGGGCAAGGAAAGGACUUAGACACGAUGAAAGAAAUAAUUAGAAACAGGAAAUUAAACAUAAGGAAUUAAGAAAAAGUCAGAGGCAGGCAAUGCGAAUGUUUCGUCUUACUCUUUUUAAAAUUCCUUGCGUUCAAUUCCCUGUCCCUUAUCCCUUUCAUUCUGAACUUUAAAACAGGAAAAAGUGAGAGAGCGAAUGUAGAAAGUGCAGCUUCCAAGAACGAAAACAGCUGUUCGCUUCUGUAUUCUGUAAUGUAUUCUCUAUCUCUCUCUUUCUCUUACAUUUUUUCUAUUUGGACAUAUUAUGUAUAAUAUUCCACACCGCUACUAUAUCGAGAAAAAUUUUACUAAAAUUCUAGUAAAGUUAUAGUUUACGUUAUUGAAACUAUAACAUUUUUAGUAAAGUUUUUUUUUGUAAGCAAUGUUUAGAAUGUAACUUUGAUGUUUUAUGUUAUAUAAUAAGUCAUUCUCAACUACGUUAUACUCUUUUUGCACUUAAAAUGAAACAGGUAUAGAUUCGAGAUGUUGGAAAGAAAAAGGAGGGAAAAUGAACGGUACAGAAAACAGUUCAAUCUCAAUUAAAAGAUAUAUGAACUGGAGAUUCAUUUUGCGAAAAAAAGAAGGACGAACAAUAGAAGUUUCGAACGAAUGCGUUGGUGCGAAAGCAAAACGGAUGAUCUGAAAUUGGUAAUCGAACGAAUCAUAGAGGAAAUCGCCAUGCAUAGCAGCUGCAUAGUUUUCAUUACCGAUCCCGCUUAUCGUGGACUGAUUGAUAUGCGUGCCAUUAAAAUGUCUUCUUUUCUAUUGAGAUACGACAUUGGCGUACGUGAUAACGAUAAUUUUUCACGGCCGAGGAAAAAAAUUGUAAGAGCGCUUCAACACGUUAAAGCAACUGGCUGCUACGCGUAUAUUAUAUUAAUUAGCAAUGGAUUGCUAGCAUCACGAUUUCUACAAUAUGCUGAAGGAGAACGUCUAAUCAACACGCGCGGUUACUUUUUACUUCUGCACGAUAAUCGGCUGUUCAGGCCCGAAUUGCAUUACAUCUGGAAUCGAAUUAUCAACGUGGUGUUCAUACGGCGAUACAAUACAUACAAGUACCGUUCAGGUGAGCGUGUUACCGAGGAACGAAUUGAUCUCAAUACUGUCUAUUAUCCAUCAUAUACAAGAGACUUCACGACAAUCAAGUACAUCGAUACGUGGCAAGAUGGUAAAUUGCGUUACGGUAACAAUCACUAUAUACCGAAAACUACGAAUCUUCAUGGCAACGGUUUACGAAUUGCAGUUUUUGAGCACAUACCGGCUGUAACAGAAGCAUCACGAGAUUUCUACGAUGAGAGCACAACAACUGCAAGUCCUAAGGCUCUGGGUAUUGAAUUCGAAUUAAUCCGAAUCAUAGCAAAGGCGAUGAAUUUCAAAACAAACUACUAUAUGCCUUCUAACAUUGCAAAUGAGAGAUGGGGUAAAGAGGGAGAUAACGAUAGCUAUACGGGUCUCCUUGGCGAAGCAAUUACCGAAAAUGCUGAUUUCUUUCUCGGGGAUCUACAUUACACGCUUGAUCAUUUGAAUUAUUUUGAUUUAUCCACGCCUUACAUCUCGGAAUGCCUGACUUUCUUAACACCAGAAGCAUUAACCGAUAAUUCAUGGAAAUUAUUGAUACUACCUUUUCGGCUUAAUACGUGGAUAGCGCUCCUUUGCACCCUAUUGUUGGCCGGCGGAGCUUUUCACGUGUUUGCAUUGCUCUACCAGAAGUACAUAGACCCAUGUGUGUCUGUGAAAUAUAACGAAGUAACCGAUUAUGAUAGCAUGAAGGGUUUGUAUUUGUUUACCCAGUUCCAGAACAGUAUGUUAUACACAUACAGUAUGUUGCUCCAAGUCUCCCUACCGCGUUUGCCGAACGCCUUAACCGUGCAGAUCUUCAUCGGCUGGUGGUGGAUCUACAGCAUCCUGGCGUCCGUCACUUAUCGUGCCAGUAUGACCGCGACCCUAUCACAUCCCAUCGCUAAAGUAACUAUCGACACUUUGGCGCAGCUGACAAGAUCUUCGCUGGCGGUAGGAGGAUGGAACGAGAAGAGCAAAGACUUCUUCCUCGCCUCUUCCGAUCCACACAGUCAGGAGAUUGGCAACAAGUUCGAGUUGAUCGAAAACGAGAAGAACGCGAUCGAUCGGGUGGCUAACGGGAAGUUCUGUUAUUACGAGAAUUCGUAUUUAUUACAGCACGCUCGCGGAAAAUAUAUAUUCGAGAAGCAAAACGAUCGGCAGAAUAUGACCGAGAAGAGCACUGAUUCAUCAGUCAAGUACAAUCUACAUAUUAUGGAGGAAUGCGUCGUCCAUAUGCCGAUCGCGUUAGGGCUGGAAAAGAACUCUCCGCUUAAACCCCACGUGGAUUUAUGGGUGAGACGGAUGACGGAAAUCGGUUUGGUGCGCAAGUGGCUGAGCGACGUUAUGGAAUGGUCGAAGAUUAAUGAAUCACGGCAAAAAUCCGAAUCCGAGACGUUAGUAAAUUUACGCAAGUUACGCGGCGCUUUUAUUGCUCUCGGGAUCGGUCAUUUUCUCGGUUUCAUAGUUUUAAUCGGUGAAAUUCUACACUGGAGAUACGUUGUCUUAAGAGACCCAAAAUAUGAUAAGUAUCAUCUCGAUGCAUUUUAUAGAAACAAUAAUAAAUUUAAAACUUAAAGCAACAUUCUUGUGUUUAUUUUGCAGUGCAGUAAAUCAAUAAAAUAAGAAUAUAAAUCAC